GUGACGAACAGUCUCUGGUGUGACUAUUAUUAUUUAAACUUAAUUUAUGUAAAUUUGUUAGAGAGUAUCUGCCAAUUAGAUUAAUCAUUAAUAAUUAAUGUACGAAUUUAGAGCCACUCUCAGUUUCUUGUUAUUAAAAUAAUUUCCGAAUAACAGAACUUUCGAAACUUUGGCGUGAGAGAACACUGAGACCUUCCCUCGCGCCAAGGGCAAACGCCAGUACUGAGCGACUCGCGGACCGGGGUGGACGUGCGUUCCACAGGGAGUCAUCACCCUUUGUCUCCUCUGAACAUUCUUGCUGGUAACUAUAGUCAUUUAAACCAAAUCUUUUUUCGUUGCAUAACCUCCCUGUGCAUCCUCGAUCCUUUUUACGGUGUAGGGCCUAAACCAGCCGCUUAACUAUAAACUCCCGCACUAUACAUUAUGCGGGGCAGUUCACCAUACAGCACGGGCUGACUCCCGCUACCAGUGACAUUUUGUUAAACGUCGAGUGCACAGGCACCGAGCACAACUACACAUAGAACUUGCAUCUAAUUUAACUGCGGGCAGUGGUCCACACAGGUGGACCCGGGUACCGCCACAUUAGCAAUUUUCGGGAUUGGCCAUCUCCAAUCAACCUUUCCCCUAACCUCGACUGGCGUGAAGGUUUAAAUUAGUGACAGUGCGUCAGAGCACUCGGUGUUAAUUCAAUGUAAUUUCGUAGGGUAAUAGAAUGAGCCUCACGCAUAUUUCCAGGCUUCGAUACCAGUUAAUCUUUGUCUGAUGAGAGCUUCUGGCAAGCUUUUAGUGUCAUGGUGUACUAACUCUUUAAUAAACGUGUCUUCGAUUUAGCUAAUUUUGACGGUGUAAUAUAUGUAGUGGCAAUCUAACCUAGUAAUAACUUUGUCAAACUUUAAGGAGCUGCUGUGACUCUAGUAUGAAUGUACAUCGUGUAAGUGUAAACAGUAAUUGUAACUGUUCGAACCGAUUAAACGUCCACUCUGCACACUCCGUGCGCGACGUGUCACUGACAGUACAAAAUCCGAAUUUGUGUGUGUUAUUGUGUUGAGUCUCCCUAACCCAGCCAGGAAUCAGUGUGUUAUGCUGCACAGGGCCUGUGACGUGUUAAUAGCCAGGGAUCCCUCCAACCGCAACCAUCGCCGACGGUCCUAGAGGGCCAUGCAGGGGCAACGCACCCACAGAACCCAACUUUGGUUAGACACAGAGCUAGCCUGGCGCCCUCCCGGACACAUUUUCAUUAAGAGCCAGUUUUCCCGCUAGGACUCAAGCCCGGUCUCGAACACGAGAACCCGGACGACGGCACAUUUACACAUACAUUCAUCUCAGUAGUAUACAAUUACAUCAGUAGUAUACGAUCAAAUAUAUAAUAGGCUACAAUGACUCAAUCUGCAUUUUGCUCCAUUUGCAUUUGGCUCCAUCUGCAUUUGACUCUAGUAAACUUUCCUAUCAAUAUGAUACAAUCGGCAGGAUAUGGUAGAAUACGAUCCCAUCAGAAGAGCAUGAUCGACAGGAUACAAUAGGAUAAGAUUCCAUCAGUAGUAUACAAUCUACAGAAUAAGGUAGGUUAUGAUAGAAUCCAGCUGCAUCUAACUACAAUGGUGCUAUCUGCAUUUGGCUACAACAGUUUUUGACUGCAAUGACAUUUAGCAACGAGGCUAAGUCAAUGAGGCUACAAGGCUACGAGGCUACAAAGCUACUAGUUUACGAGGCUACAUGUUUACAAUGCUACAAAUGCUACAACAGCAGCAGAAGGAGUUAAUUUAUCUUUAUCUCAUGCAAAAAAAAAAAGUAGUUCCGCUUCUUACCAACAGUUGUCGCCACUUGCCGUGUUGUACAGUCAGGAAGUCUUUCAUGUGGGGUGUAGGAUGCUCACUCACGAUCACAAGAAAACGAAGGCUUCGAUAGAACUCAAUGAGAAGUGAAAUCGUCUUGAAUUAUAAUGUUUAUCUGUGGUUUCAAGGCAUAGUAAUCGACUGAGUAACAAAUCUUUUAUUUUAUUGUUGCACAUGCAGUCACACUUUCAUGUGGGAUGCAGGAUGCUCACUCACAAUCGCAAGAGAAAAAAAUCUUCACUAGGCAUCAAGGGGAAGAGAAAUCGCCUUGCAUGAUAGUGUUUCUGAUAUGUUUUAAGACUAAGUAAUAAACUGAGUAAUGAAAUUUUUGUUUGAAUAACAAAUAAUAAUAAUAUAUUUUAAAUACUGAUUCGGUAACAGGAAAGCGGCCAUCAAACAAAAACUCUGAAUACAAUUGCAUAUCUCAAGAUCAGUGAAUCACAAAAAAAUAAUUACAUUAAAAAUAAUUUCAAAACAAUUUCUGUCAGUAGAUAGAAAAAGGUGCUAUAUCGUCGGUCUAAUUAGCAAACCUCGUAACUCCACUUUUUGUCAAAAAUUGGUUUUUGGUACUACUAUAUACUCAGUUAUGUGUUAUAUUACAAUUCCAAAGAUCAUAACAAUAAACAAUCCCUAUGGGCUACAAUCCUAUUUUCAGAAAACCUCUUAUCUCCAGCUGUCGAUUUCCUGCAUAUUAGCAUACCUCGUAACUCCAUUUUGUUAGUUAACAAACACAGUGUUAUUGUUGGACUGUCUAUUAAUUGUUUUUAAAAUAAUAUUCUAGUUGUUUCGAUAUUGUUUGUACGUAUGGACAGGUACAUUUUAUUAUUAUCUCACACUUUACCUAUUGUCCAUCGGUUAUUUAUGCAUACAAAACACUUAUUGCAAUAAAUUAUAAUUUUCAAACUUUUGUAAUACAGGCCAUAAUAUCAAAUGUUUUGGAGGUAAUGUCUAAACUAUUUUAUACGAUUUAGCUAUCCAUUCUUCAUUUCAGAAUGUCAAGAGCCAAGAAUGAUUUCGGCAUGGAUCUCAUGAGUACCCCUUGUAGAACAUCAUACAUUCUUUACGAUAUUGGCACUUUCAUUGUUUUCUUUUACUGUUUUCGAUUUGAAAGCCAAAGAUGGCUUCUGUUAUCUGUGGAACGAGACUGAGAGGGGCCUUGGUUCAAAUGAGUUUGCUACAAUAAUUUGCAACUUCAUCUUGUCGCAACUACCUUUGAGGAACGAUGCCGGCAAAUUGAUACUGUAUAGUGAUGGUUGCUGCUAUCAGAACAGAAAUGUGACUCUCGCCAAUGCACUCUUACAGAUAUCGGUGACAAAGUGUGUAACGAUAGAGCAAAAUUUUCUGGAGGUCGGACACACACAAAUGGAGGCAGACUCCAUGCACUCGAAGAUAGAAAAUAAGCUGAAAAACAAGAAGAUUAAUGUUCCAGCUGACUACAUUGCAACUUGCAGGGAAGCACAUAGAAAUCUACGUCCAUAUGAAGUUCAUUAUUUGACUCACAGUUUUUAUAAAAAAUUUGAUCAUGCUCAUCCAUGUGUUACCGACAUCAGAGCCUUGAAGUACACUCCAGAUGGGGUUAUUUCCUACAAGUUGGGUUUCACAGAAGAGUGGAAGAACUUGCCUAUUCGCAAAAAGAACAUUACUGCUAAGCCAUUUGAUAGUUUGCCAGCACUGUACACUGAGAGGCUGAACAUAAAGAAAACUAAAUACGACCAUUUGCAGUCCCUGAAAACAACUCUGGAGUCAGACUAUCACUUAUUUUAUGAUAGCCUUCCUUUUCAAAACUGAAGCAUUUAUUUUCUGAGGGGUAUUUUUUUUUUUUUUUCCAAUUUGUUGGAGUAAUAUGUAUUGCCUCAUUUAUCAGUAUUUAAAAGCUAGUUUUAUCUUGAUGUUCUUUCAAACGAAUUCAUAGUCAAUGUUGAUUUUAUGUACUAUACAAUAUUGCUGUUGUGUAUUGUAUACUGUCCUUACUGUUCAAUAUCGGAAAUAACCCUUGUAUUGUUAGAGAUACUUUUUUAUAAUACACGAAUAAAUUUGGUGCUAUAACUAUUCAUCUCAAAAUUGUUCUAAUAUCAAUAUUAAGUUUACGCCAAUAAGAAGAUUUAUAUCUUAUCAAACCUCGUAUCUCCAUAUUUAGUUUGAAUUUAUGAUUGUAAAACCUCGUAACUCCAUUAAAAAAAAGGUUUAAUAAUUAAAAACUGACACAGAGUUUAUUGACAAACGUCAGGGGGUGUUUUAACUUUUAUGUGAUGAAUUAAACACAUAUUAAGUACAAACAAAAAAGUUAUUCAGUUUUUUGCUUCUCUUGUAAAAUUUGUCUUUAGGGAGUUACGAGGUUUGCUAAUUAGACCGACGAUAUGCCUAAUUUUAUUCUUAAGGGACUACGAUUAUGAGGUGGUAUCUUGUGGUGGCAUGUCAGUCGUAAGUAAUCGGCCAUUUUUGGGUGAUUUCACUGCUCGCGUUUUAUGAUUAGGAUCUCGAUGAUUAUUUUAGACGAAUCUACAUCCGCCAUAUUGGAAUUAACAAUUUUUGAAAAUCUGUAAUCAUUUAGCUAGAAAUUCGAGAAAAAUUUUUAAUUCUCUUAUUAAAAUUAAUAUUGAUUCUAUUGAUUUGUGUCCUUGCUUAAUACAAAAAAAUAUGUAAAAUAAAACUUACUAAAAAUAUUCUUGAAAAAACUUAACAGAGGCAUACAUUCCUCAUCUAACAGCCUCCAAUCGAUUCGCUCGAUUCCUGUCCUUGAAUCGAUACUUGGUUAAUGCAAAAUGUUUAUUUUAGAAAAAAUGUAUUCAAUGAAAUUACCCACCUUACCCAAUGCAGAAAAAAUAAAAGUGAAUUUAAUCGAUACUUCUAAAAAAUUUACAUUUUCAAGCAUUAAAAAACAAAAUUACAAAUAAAAGAUUUAUUAUGUAACUUCUCCAAAAAAACUAGAUUUCUGCAAUUUUAUUAGAAGGCGAUGCAAGACCUUUACAUGCCUUGGCACGUGUUUUACAGGACAAUUCGAUGCAAUAGCUGAUUAAACCUUUAUAGCUUUGUGGUUGCCUCAAACAACCACAUAACACUGCUUUGGUAAUACCCAGGGUCUCCAGAUUGAGUUUUCAAAAUUUCCCCAAAAUGAUAGAGAUUUCCCCAAAAAUCUUUAAUCUACCUUAUCUACCUAUUCCUUUAAAAUAUUAUUUAUUAUCAGUGUUGGCCGCUUAAAGGUGUGGUAUUAUAUGUUCAGAGCUGUAAAACUAUUGUACGUAUCAAGAAUCAAAGUAUAUAAUUUAAUUUUUUUAUAUAUAAAUAAAAAAAAUUUGUCUAACCAGAAAAAUAAAAAAAAAUAAUAAAACCUGCUGCACGGGCGUCACUUGAUUUUUUAUGAUUUUGUUUUUUUCGUUCUAUUGAUUUACCGAUCACGAUGGUUUUUUUUUAUUGUAUACAAGAGAGCUAAUUUGUGGUUUAAUGACUGACUAAAGUAAAAUUACAGCAGCAUAAUUUUAUUUAUUAAUUUUUGAUAAUAUUGAGUACCUAUAUACCAACACAAAAUAUACAUUUUCUCUGUCAUAAAUAUUACAGUAGAUUGACCUAUUAUAGUAAAAAGAUUGUGUUACAUAGUACAAUUAACGAAUGAAAUUAAGUGAAAUCUACUAUACAUAACUAUUUUACUAAUGUAAACACUAUAUAUCAUUUAUACUGGAAUAAAACAAUAAUGUCAGUACAACCAUACUUAUGCCAAAAGAAACAUGACACCGGCAUCGUUAUGAUUAUUAUAUACAUCCUCUGACUUAAACUUGGCAAGCCUUUUAGUGCUUAGCUCAAAUUUUUUACAGCCUUCGUUUCUCAAACUGUACCGCACUUUAAUUAUGUGAUCUGCUGUGCUUGUAUGCAUUCUAUUUCUCAAUUUGUUUUUCACCAUAUUCAUUGAAUGCUCUCUCCACACUAUCAUUCGAGAACACCAAUACCUAUCAACUUAUUCAAAUCAAGGCCAUCUGUAUCUAGCUGCUUUUUAAAUGCAUUCAAUAAAGUGAGUGUUUAAAAAACUAAACAUGUUUUGUUUGAAUAAAGGAUUAGAGAUGGCAUUAGAAGUAAUACUAGGCAGGCAGAUUAAAUACUUCCCCAUUUUUCCCCGUUACCGAAAUAUUUUUCCCCAAAAAUUUCCCCAAGGAUCUAGUUUCCCCAAAAUUUCCCCCCAAAAAAUAAUUUUCCCCAAUAUGGGAAAAAAAAACCCAAUCUGGAGACACUGGUAAUACCUUCAUUUUAUGAGAUGAAAUUCCACAGAGGUUUUGUGGGUACCUCAGAUGACCACACCUAGAAUCAGUAUUUUUUUCUUGUUAAGGGCCAUAGAGUGUAUACUCAAGCAGAAAGUGUUUUGUGUUUUCCAUUCUGGUAAAAAAAUUCUAGCUAUCACAGUACUAGCACUGAUGGAAAUACAAAAAUUUCACUUUGUGGUUAGCUGGGAAGACCACAAGUCCCUACUCGCACCACUGUUUUUUGCUUUGUGUAACAAGCUGCUAGUUUUAACUAAAGAUUUUCAAGAACAGAAAAUACAUACAUUGUGGAAAAAUUGGUUAGUACACUUAUUAAAUGUUUGUAAUUUUAAGGAUAUAGUCAAUUAUGCAAAACAUGUUCUUUAAAAAUCAUAAAAAUUCAUUUUAUUGGGCCUUGCAGGCUAACCCCCAGGCUCUUAACAGUCUUUUUGUUUUUUGUAUGGCUUAUUAACAUACCUUUGGCAUAGCUUUGUGUUAAUAAUAUAUUCACAGCAUAUCUAAAAAUAACUUUUAAUGUAUUUUACAACAUAUUUUUUUUUAGCAAAGAUGUUAUUGUGAGAAAUACUGGCGAGAUCAAUUCUCGCAGAAAUACUUUUAUUAUUUAAAUACAUUAUAAUUAGUACUAAAGAUAUUCUAAAAUGGUUUGUCAUCUGUUGCAGUUAGAAAUGUUAUUAUAUUUAUAUAAUUUAGGUGUUAAUUUCCUGUGACAUUAAUUAUUCAAGGGAAAUGGCAUCGUUUACGAUACCAGUGUCAGAGCUGGAAGGCCUGACAGUAGAAGAAAUAUACCAAAGAUUUGAUCUUCUAACUGAAGAUCAGGCUCUUAACUCAGAAGAUGGUGGGGACAGCGAUGAUGGCGAUGCUGGCGAUGCUAUUCCUGUUGGAGCAGCUUUUAGUCCAGCCCCAGCAGCAAAGCACCCAAAAAGAGAAAAUUUGCCGUCAACAGUUACGAGCCCAGGAACACCAACAGGAACCCCAAACAUCGACGAUGAACUUGAUGGUUCGCCUGACAAUGUACAUGACACACCAGACAUUGUCCCGCGUAUCAUUGCAGAGGAAGGUGGUACAGAAGAUGUCACGGGUGAAGGGCAAGAGGAUGAAGAAACUAGUUCCUUUGAACCAAUUUGGAUCAAAGGUUCAGAUGCACAAUGUAAAAACAUUAAGUAAAAAUUUGAAAAAAGUAAUUUUAAAGCAUAUUUUGGGGCAAAAGUUGACUUCAGCACGAGCAUUGUGUCCCAAAUUUUUUUCUUAUUCUUUAAUUUACAAAUUGCACAAUUGAUUGUGGAACAAACAACUCUGUAUGCUUCACAGAAAGGGCAAGUUUUAAACAUAUCGAUGGCUGAAUUGAAUGCAUUUAUAGGUAUUCUCAUAAUAAUGGGUUUCAACAAACUGCCAUCACUGUGUUUGUAUUAGUCGUCAAAUCCAAAUUUUACAAAUGACAGAAUUUCAAAAAUAAUGACUUUGAAAAGAUUCCUGUUUAUUUUAAGAAUGCUUCAUCUCAAUGAUAAUACCAAAAUGCCUGAACGCUCCAGUCUGAAUUUUGACAAACUUUUUAAAGUACGGCCAAUCUUAAAUCAUUUUAAUGCAGUUUUCAGACAGGUUUUUAGCCCAAGUAGAUUUUUAUCUAUAGAUGAGAGCAUGAUUGCAUGUAAAGGAAGGUCGUCAUUCAAGCAAUAUCUGCCUCUCAAACCAAUUAAACGAGGUUUUAAAAUUUGGGGAAUUUUCUGCUCAGUUACUGGAUAUAUGAUAGGGUAUGACUUUUAUGCAGGCAAAACAGCAACUAGAGAGGGACCUUUGGGCGAGAGUGUAGUUCUAGGAUUGGUGCGAGGAUAUGAGAAUUUAGGAUAUUGUAUUUUCUUUGAUCGUUUCUUUUCUAGUUUCAGUCUCGUGAAGAAACUUUUAUUGAAGGGAUGUUUCAAUUGUUCCACAAUUCUGCAAACAAAAAAGUUUUUCCCCAAAGACUUAUUUAAAAAUGACAAAAACCUAACUUUGGGAGAAUAUGAUUAUGUAAGCACCAGAGAUAUGGGAUUAGUAAAAUGGAAAGAUAGGGGAACAAAGUCAGUUUGUAUAGUAAGUUCAAUGGACGAUCCAUCUGAAACCUGUUCUAUUUCGAGGAAAAACAUACAUGGUCAGAAAUAUCAAUUACUUUGUCCUGUGGCUGUGGCAUUGUAUAAUAAGUAUAUGGGAGGUGUUGAUUUAUUUGAUCAGUUAACAUCAUAUUACAAUAUUCAGUGGAAAUCAAGAUGUUGGUGGGUUAAAGUUUUUUAUUACUUGAUUGAUGCUGCUGUUGUCAAUUCAUACAUACUCUAUAAAUUAGAGAUGAAUAAACUACAAAAAAAAACAGUAACACAUUUGAUGUUUCGGAGUCAGCUUGCAGAUCAGUUAAUAGGAGAAUUUUGCAGCAGAGUUACAAAAAAGAAAAAUGUUGUCAUCACAAAAAAAAAGUUUAAUUUAAGUCCAAUCGUAACAGUUCCUAAUACAGAAGGACAUUUGCCAAUUAAAGGUACAUCAAGAUGUGCCAAUUGUAGCACUAGGAAUAAACCUGUUCAAAGUAAUUUGGUUUGUAAAAUGUGUGAUGUUGCAUUGUGCAAAGUCCCAUGUUUCCAACAGUUCCACGAAAACAUGGGCAAAGCCACAGCUUCAAAAUUGAAUUAAAUUCCUUUAUUUUGUUUUGUUAAAUUUAAAAAAAAUUACAUUUAAUAUAAACUAUUAGUUUUAACUGAGUUGUAUUUUUUAAUGUGUCUUUGUAUUUUCAAUGCCGUACCUACUUGAUGUAAGUACUUAAAUACCAUGCAAUUUUAAGAUUUAUCAUACAAUGAUAUUUUUUAAGGUUUAUUGAUAAGUUUCAAAUAUAGUUAUUUUUAAUAAUCUAUAUGCACAAAUAUUUUGUAAAAUCAUUAUAUUGAUUUUUUAGUGUUUUUUUUUUCUCUUUAUAUAUAGCUUAUAUAU